AUGGCGGCUUUCCUCUCAGGAGCCGGCGCUCCCCGCGGGCCGCUCCGAGGAUCCACCGCACAGAUGCUGGACCGGCUUGAUUAUCUGAGCAGAACGGCAUCGACGCCCCAAAUCUACCAAGAAGUCAAAGCCAUUAAACUGUUGUGGGAGGAAGGCUGGAAGCAGAGAUACUACAAGACCAAGUUUGACGUGUGUGUGACCGACGAGGAGUUCAGGAAGAAGGUGGUGAAGUCGUAUGUGGAGGGUCUCUGCUGGGUGCUGCGCUACUACUACCAGGGCUGUGCCUCCUGGAAGUGGUACUUCCCGUUUCACUACGCCCCGUUUGCCUCUGACUUCAAAGACAUCAAAGGGAUGUUCACCGACUUCGAGAAGGACACCAAACCUUUCAAGCCCCUGGAGCAGCUGAUGGGAGUGUUUCCUGCAGCCAGCGGUAACUUCCUGCCUGAAACGUGGCGAGUUCUCAUGAGCAGUCCGGAUUCCUCCAUCAUCGACUUCUACCCCGAUGACUUUGCCAUCGAUCUCAACGGCAAGAAAUACGCCUGGCAGGGUGUGGCCUUGUUGCCCUUCGUGGAUGAACGCCGGCUGUGGGCGGCUCUGGCUGACGUCUACCCCGACCUCACAUCUGAGGAAAAAAAAAGGAACAGUCUGGGAAGCGACCUGUUCUUCCUCGGGAAGGCUCACCCUCUCUUCGACUUCAUCCACGAGCUCUACCGCACUGAAUCUCAUGAGGGCACUGACAUCCCUGCAGAGCUGUGCCAUGGAAUCCAAGGUACAUUAAAUCUUGAUGACGACCCUAUUCUACCAGAUAAGGCUGUGGCGUCGCCCAUCCCGAUGCUGCGGGACAUUUCACAGUGCAGCGCCAUCGGAGUGAGGUUCAAGGAUCCUCAGUUUGCAGAUGACUUUGUGUUCAAGGCAGUCCUCCUCCCCGGAGCCAAGAUGCCCAAUAAGGUCCUGAAGCCAGGGGACUGGGAGAGGGGGAACAGGGGGCCGUGGAGACCCCAGUUGGGCUUCAACUCGAACAGACAGCAGGCUCACCUGGACCAGUCCGGAUUCCGCGCUCUGGGUCACAGUAUGAACAGAAACCAACAUGGCGGAGGACAGUACAGCAGCGCCCCGCCACCAAACAGCUACCAACAAGGAGGCUACCGUCAGCAUGGUGGACACCAGUCUUACCAACAUUCCAGGCAGGGCAGUUUGCUGGGAGCGCCUCCCCCCUUCCAACAGCCCCAAUAUCCAAGGCAGCAGCAGCAGCAGUAUGGCGGGGGAGGCGGCGGCGGCGGCGGGGGUCACGGCUGGGAUCGAGCUCAGCACACGCAGCAGUCGGCGUACCAGCAGAACGCAGUCCGCGGACGAGGAGGGGCGGCGCCCGGAGGAUACCAGCAGCGCUUCGACCAGCGGAGAGACGAGUGGCACGAUCGACGGGACAACCGGGGCCAACAGCACCAGAGCUUCAGCUCGGGCCGAGGUUACCCUCCCCCUCCUCCAUCCAGACGCUACGACUGGAAGUAAACUCCGAGCACAUGCCGGACUCUGGGGUUACAUGUGGGCGGGGCUAUUUUUAGGGGAGACAUGUCACCAGUAUUUUUUUUUUCAUUUUUAAUGUCUUCUUGUACACUGAAUUAUUUUUUCCUCUUCAUUUUACUUACAAACAAAACAAAAAAAAAGGUUAAUAUGUAACGUUGUGAUUUUUAAGACGAUCAGCCUGUAAAACUUGUUGAACACAAGUGAGUCCCGGACUAAGAGUCCUCAUGGGUUUCUUUUUGAGACGCCUCUCCAAUGUGGUCUAAAAAAAAAAAAAGACGACAAAUAAAACAUUUGGAUUGUUUUUG